AAACUGGGAGUGUUGAUUUUACGAGCAGUACAUGAAAGCAGCACAGUUCCCAAGGAGAACCCCGCAAAGAAAAGAGGUCGUGUAUCCGGGAUCUUCCGGUAAAAUCCGUCUAACCAGCGCGGCAGAGGGAGAGAGAAUAAUUGGUUCAGUGUGUGUGAUUUCAUGUCAGUGCCGUUCCCGUCCGGUCUGCACGGGUCCAGGUCUGUAUCCGGUCUGUUACUCACAUCAGAUCCUUCAGUCUGAGGAGAAGCAGCGAGUGUUCAACCUGCUGUGUGAAGCUGAAUCCUCACGGAAACGGGACUUCACUCUGAAGGGAUGGAGGUGAAGGCUCCCUGAAAGCAACUCUGACUCGGGGCCACGAAUGUCUGGCUCGGUGGAAAUUCCAGACACACUGCUGUACUGAGAGGAGACUGAGAAGAGGACGCCGGGCACUUUGGGAUCUGAGCCAAUGACCUGUGCAAGAAGAGAAGCAGCAUAGGAGCUUGAUUAAAAUGGGGCUACAGCUCUUCAUACCUGCUGACUGUGUGUCUGAGGGCCGCUCACUCAGCCCACAGGCAUGCCUGACGUAAAGCCUCCACCGCCAUAUGACUACCCCUCCACCUCCUCUGGCGGAGCCUCUCCCGGCUCUCCUGCUGGCUGCGUCUCUCCCCUUGACCUCGUCAUAGACAUGGAGCCCUGCAUUGCCAACCUCCCCCUGUCCCCCGACCCCUUGUCCUCCUUCCCUCAAUACAGACCCAGCGCCACUCACUACCCUGGUCUCCAGGUGCCUCCCUUCCCACUCAUGGCCAGGUGUAACAGCAGCACUCUGCUCACUAACCUGGGGCUAAGAUAUUGCUCCAGCAGACAGGGUCCUCUGGGGGUGGGGCCCGAUGAGGGGCUGCCCCUGCGGUCCUGCCACCAUUCAGGCAGUAAUGGUGGCAGGCCCUACAGGAGUAUGGAGAAUCUGAACUGGAACAACAUGGCAGAUUCUGGCGUGUGUGCUUUCAGUACUGCCCCCUACAGGACAGUAGACAGUGAGUUUAUUUUACGGUACACAUCCACCAGCCACUGGUGUGGCGGGCCACCAGAAGGAUCUGUGAUGGGGGCCCAUGGACUGGUACCCAAUCCAGAGAACCUGGCAUUUUUUCCUCGACAUGGAAGGAAGGACCUACCACUCUUCCCACAGUUGCUCUUUCCAGGUGGUGUCGAUGAAUGGGAUGCAAGGAAGGGCCUGAGGGAGAAGCUCCGCCUCCAGAGUGCACGGUCAUCAGUUGAACCUCUAAAGCCCCUCCCGCUGCGGCCUCAGAUGACUCCAGGUGCUGCACCCAUUGAACGGGAGAGUGUGCAUCACAUGAAUUCAACAGGUCUUGGGUCCAGGCCUCUGUGCACAAUGCGCACCAGCCCUGAGGAGAUCAAGCAAGAGGUCCUGCGGCGCCUGCAGCUUCGACGCCAAAACAGCAGUCCUAACCUGGCUCUCCAUACCUCCCCAUCCAGCCCAAGAGUGGUUAAGACAUCAUACACAACAGACAACAUUGCAAGUCACAGGAGUGGAACAGAUUCUACAUCUGAGCGCUCCAGAGCUCCUGUGGGACGCCUACAUAUCCCUACAUUCGAGGAGUUCAAGAGGAUGAGGCAGAAGGAGGGGGAACAGAGAAAAGAUUCCAUAGUCAGUGCUGUAGUAUCUGGAAAACCUGUGGCUGACCUGCCACAGGAAACAGGAACAUCAGACAGUAAUAUACAUCCUGCUGCUCAGACUGUCUCUCAGUCUGCUGAAGGAAACUCAGAGGCUGGAGAAAUGAGCAGAGCUGAAAGGACAGGCAACAGUUGUGAAGCCCUGCAGACUGUCAUCUCCUCAGAGAGACCACCCUGUAACACUGUGAGCAGUAACAGCACUGCAGCUCCCACCUCCUCCUCUAGCUCCAUAACCGGCACAUUCUCUCCCAUCCGCACAGGCCCUUCUCCACGUUCACCCCUGCCCCUAGCCGGCUUGGCCCAGGAGAAAGCCUCUCCUGCUUGGGGAGAUGAUGGGUACAGUAGACGAAGGAGGAGCAGUCUGGAAGCAGCAGGGUCAGUUCCCUUCCCGCCCAGCAGGGAGAACUGGGAACGACCCUCCAGCUGCUGCCCAGCACUCCUUCUGGAGGGGACGGACCUGUCCAGCUACGGAGCCAAGAUUUAUAAGAUGAAGGAUGGCCUCAUUGGUUCUGCACUGGACCUGAUCAAGAAGAGCUGCAGUGCAGAGAUCUCCGCCGAGGCCCCCGUCAGGCUGUCAGGUGACCGGGACGGAGUCUCUGACAUCACCACCCCCUCGACCGACUGUCAGCCCUCCGCCGUUGCCAUGGCAACGCCGGCAACGGCCUGCAGAGCCGAGGCUGGCGACAAGACGCCUUUAGGAGGAGGAAGAGAGGAAGCAGGAGAAUGUCAGCACACUGGUCUGGGCUGCAGGCGCUCCAGCUCAGACGCAGCCUAUGAGCUGGCUGAGACGGUGAGGGCUCAGCGCGAGUGCCGUCUUCGGCCCCACUACAGCGACCCCAUGCCAGCCGACGCCUCCAAGCGCAAACAGCUGGAGAUGAAGAUCGCUGCAGCCGCCCGACUCCACGGUCACCGCCGAGACCGCGACAGAGACAGAGAUAGAGACAGUGCUCCUGCAGCAAUCCGUGGUCGCUCUGAGCCCCCUGGUGAGGAACGCCAGGCGGGUCUUGGUGUGACUCGGUCCGGGCAGCAUCGCUGGAGCACCAUCAGCAGCCUGAGUGCAGACAGCGGAGUUGUGGGCCUCAGUGAUGAACGUGAGGAGGAAGACAGCGAGCCUCACCGUUACCGCAGGAACAGGGGAGCUGAGGUGGAGCGGGUAGAUAGCGGCAUUGGCCCAGGUCUGUCCCGUACCUGGAAGAGACCAUCUGCCUCCCUCAGGGCCUGGGAGGCUCAGAGACCGUGUCCAGACUGUGGACUGAGGGACGGCACCUCUAAAGAGCGAGGAGAGCGCAUGUGUGAACGUUGCUCCAAGCUGCGGACCGAGCGCAAGGAAGCCAUCCUGGAGUUUCUGAAUACAGAGUCAAGCUAUGGUGAGGACCUGCGAAUCAUCAAGGAGGAGUUUUACUGCCCCAUGCAGAGUGCCGGGCUGCUGACAGCUGAGCAGCUCACUGUGGUGUUUGGUAACGUUCAGGAGCUGAUAGACGUCAAUGACCGCUUCACUGACCACCUGCAGGACAGCAUCGACCAGGCCUUUGACCAGGGAGAUGACGAUCUGCUGACAGUGUACAUAGGAGAGAUCUUUCUGGAGUUUGUCAACAUGCUGCCUGCCUUCCAGACCUACUGCCUGCAGCAGUCCACCUCGGUCAACAUGCUCAACACGCUGGAGAAGGAGAAAGAACUGCUCAGAAUCUUCCUGGAUGUUUCUCAGAAUGACAACACAGCAUUGCGUCGCAUGAACUUGCGCUCCUUCCUUAUGGCCCCCCUCCAGCGUGUGACUAAAUAUCCCCUUCUGUUGAGCCGAAUCAUUAAAGUCACUCCCGAAUGUCACCCCGACUACGCACGUCUCCGUGAGGCUAAGAGUCGGGUGGAAUCCCAUCUGGAGCAUAUCAACAUGAAAACAAAGCAGGAGGGCAAUGGCGUCACCUGGUCCCUCCGCUCAUUCCGCCGCGACAGCCGCAAAAACCGGGAGGUCAUCAACAUCGAGAUGCGGGAGGUGUCAAUGAAGACGGUGGGCUGGGCGAGAGAAAACACACGAUUCGUCAUGGAGGGACCCCUACAGUUGUCCCAGCCAGCAGAUGGUCAGUGGGUGAAGAAGGGCAGCAAGGCCCUCAAGUUUCAAAAUGUCCAGAGUCUGCUGAUGGUGAGGACACACCGGACUGGUGAAGUCACAGCACAGAGCAUCGACCUGGCGGCACGGGCGGAUCAGGGGGAGGGUGGUAGAGAUGGCAUUCAAGAUGGAGUGCUGGUUCUAAUCAAAGACAAGAGCAGCGGUAAGUUCACAGUGCUGAGAGAGCCCAUCCAUCUGGGAAACUGCGUAGUGUCGACAGACCCGGACUGUGACGACACAUUUGAGGUGCUCGAUAUCCGGCGGGAGUCUUUCGUUUUCCGUGCAUCGGACAAGUCCCGCACUCAGCAGUGGUUUCAUCAGAUCAAGAGAUACGCUCGAGACUUGGGCACCUGGAGGAAAAGACGCAAUGCUUUGCCCAACAUCAUGAUCAACACAAACCAGAGCCGCUCCUGAGACUAACCACCCCCCCAGUGUCGUUACACUGUAAAUAACCUGAAUCCUUCUACAGCAAAAAUGAACUGACAAAAAGAAGCAUUUCUGAGUUAGAACUUGAUAUAAAAGAAAAAAUCUUUCUCAAAGUCUCACUUGGGUAAGAGAAAGCUAAAGCACUUUCUUACAAAGCUAUAAGUGCGCCAUACUGUCGUGAAAUUGUGUAUGAAGAUUAGAGUCAUUAACGUUAAAAAAAUAUCAGAUCACCGGACAACCAAAAAAACUUGGGCUGUGCUUGUCAGCCUUGAUUGUAAAGACUGUUUAAAGAGCUGAGUUUUCAGUAAAUAAGGUAUGUCUGUUGAAAAGCAUGACUGAACAUAACUGACUGCAAAAAUAAAAAUUGUAAUGACAUUUUUAUACAAGACACCAGGACGGGGAGCUUUUUGUUUUGUUUUGUUUUGGUACAACUGGUACAAAGAGGUGGACAAGGUUCAAGUGGUUUCUGUUUGUCACUGCCCUCUCCUGUCUGUGUGCCGCCCUCUACUGUACAUUGGCGGUAGAGCAACUUUCACUGCCAGAGAUGCAGUUGAGCAGAACCUCCAUGACAGACUGAACAGACCUCCUGUAUCACUGUGUUUAAAAGAUAACUCACGUAACAGCAAUAAUCCCUGCCAGUUUCAAAAGAAGUAGCUACUGUAUAUGCAUUUAAUUUCCCAAGACAUACUUUGUUGUUCUUGGUGCUCGUCAUUGGAGCUAAGAGAAUCUUAGUGCCAUGAAAGCAGUUUGUGAGAAGUCAAGUCAGUCUCCUUUGUGUUUAAAUACAGCAGGUAGUUCAGUCAACCAAGUGAAAUUUCCUCUCACUGUCGGUUAAGUCCACAGUUUUUUAACCUUGAGUUUGGGACCUCGUGGGAUCAUACAGACCUAGAAGUACUGAUAUUUGUUUGAUCUCCCUGCAGGAACUGUAUUAAGUUAUUUGCAUUUAGUCAAUCAAUCUGAUUAAUCAUUUUGGUUGAACAUAAAGUAAGCUAUCUCAAAUUCCCAGAACCUAAGGAGAGUCUUGUAAUUUUUUGUUACAGUCCAAAACGCUGGUUACUUGACAAACUCGCCUCACAAAAAAAAACAAAAAACAAAAAAAAACCAGUCCCAUCUUGUCGUGACAGAUUUAACUGUGUGACCAUGUGACCUAGCGAUGAGCUGUUGUGCCUUGGUACUUGAUUACUGUUAUGCUAAAAUGUACUGAAAUAUUUGCAAUCUGUCACAGUAGCAUUUCUCUGAGGUACGGACUAGAAUGCCCUCUGUCGGCACUUGAUUGGUCAACUUACAGGCAAUAUAAUUAUUCCUCUGCCAGUUCCUGGCGGCUAAUAACGUGUUCACCAGAUCCUCUCUCAUUUUAGUGUGUUUUUAUUUAUGAAGGCUUUACUUUGUUUCAUGCACUUUAUUCUGUAGUAGAAAUCUCUCCAGUAUGACUGCUGGUAAAACAUGUUAGUCUUGUUUAUUCACACUUUUUCAUAUUGGAGGGAACCGGGCUGACUGAAGCUGCUGCCAGUCGACCCAGUCAUCAAACCAAAAUCACUAUUUAAUACUUAUGCUGUUUUAUUUGUUUGUAUGAAGUAGCACUAGAAGAGGUAGCGAAUCACUGUGUUUCAGAUGGCAGGGCUGCUCAGCUCCACAUCAUUUACUCCUGUGCUGUCAGAGGACACCGUUUCAGAUGAACCGCUUCAAAAUGUAAAACAAAGCCUGCUGAGUUGCAUACGUUUUCUCUCCCCCCAUUUGCAUUUCAAAGACCUGAUGUAUUAUUUCUCCAGUGUAAUAUAUUGUGAAUUAUAUUAAAAGAUUUUAAACAUGCCUGCUUGUUAUGUUUCUGUGCAACAUUCUUAUUUUUUUAAAUUCAGAUGAAGCUGGAAAUGUAGAAUAUAGAAAUAUAUUUACAGUAACUUUAAGCAACUUUCGGACAACUGAUUCAAAGACAGCAAUAAACAGUACAAGUGAAAUGCACUCAUCAGUCCAGGAAACAAAAGCACAAGAUGGAAGAGAGUGAAUCUGGCUCCACUACAAUAUAGAAGCAAACAGAAGCAUGGAUUAUAGGAAACAAACAUUUCUUGAUGACAAAACAACAAAAACAGUAAACAUAUCACAUGCAGUACAUGACAUUCUGACUAUUUUGUGUUUGCUCCAAGACUCCUAGAAAAAAAGUCUCAUCUCUAGACAUCCAAAAUAUUCAAAUGGCUUAACAGAUUUAUUGGCACUGUCCCACGAGAGUUCCUCGCUGUUGGGAAAUAACCUACAAAAAAUGUAAUCCAACUAAUCACAGUCACUUUAUAUCAUUUGAAGUGCAUCUUUGUCAUUCUUUGGCGCUACCACUCCUGGAGCCUCAUUUGUAAAGAAAAAAUAUGUAUGUCAAAGUUAGGUGCUAAAGAUAAAAAUCCAACACAAGGCUUCUUUAUGAAAAUCAGACAUGAUAAAGUCUGGUUAGAAUGUGAUUCAUUUGUUGUUAGUGUCUUCUGUUCUGAGUAUCAAAUUCUAGAUGUAAUCAUCUGAUUGGUGCAUCAAGUAUUUCCUCCAUAAAUGAGGCUCCUGAAUGUCUGUUUGGAUGCAUUAAUUUUUUGAGUCCCACGCAAUAUCACCAAGCUUCAACUAAUCUGGUAAACAACACAAACACAUCUCAUUUUCUUUUUUUUUGUUUUUUUUUGUUUUUUCGUUUUUACAAAUAAACACAAACAUCUACAAAAAAAA